CACACACACACACACACACACACACACACACACACACACACAUACUAGAUCUGGGACUUCUUGUUGUGAAUUGUUUUUUUGUCAGUGAGUUUUAAAGCUUGGACUUUAUAUUUUUCUAAAUAUAUAAAACACAAUAAUUAUCUGUUUAUGUAUUUGGAAUGGAAUACUUUAUAUAACUAUGAUUAUAUACAUUUGUUGACUGGGGCAGUGGGAGUGGUUUUGUGCUGUUUUAGCAUGUUUGCACAGCCUCCUACAGACGUGUACCUUCGCAGACCUGGUGAAAUGAACUAUCAACAACUAUCAAUAAAGUGAUAAUUACCU